AUGUCAAUCCCUCACGAGGAAAUCGAUAGCGUACUGGAUCACAUCCUCCCUCACAUCCAGCGACAUAACAAAACACAAGAUCCAAAAGGGCCAUUCGUCCUCGGUCUCACUGGCUUGCAAGGAAGCGGUAAAUCAACAUGGACCGAUGCUCUAGUGAAAGCAUUGAGCGAGCAACACCACUACAACGCAAUCAACAUCUCUCUAGACGACCUAUAUCUUGACCAUGACGAUUUGCUCCAACUGCGAUUGUCAAAUCCUUCCAAUAAACUUCUCCAAACGCGAGGACAGCCUGGUACACACGACAUAGCUCUCGCCGUGGACUUUUUCGAAAGCCUCAAACACCAAUCAGGCGAUAUCCGCAUCCCCUCCUUCGAAAAGAGCAAAUUCAACGGCGAAGGCGGCCGAGCACCACAGGAGUCAUGGCGUCACCUCCCUGCCGGGACAAGGGUUGAUGUUGUUAUCUUUGAAGGCUGGUGUGUGGGAUUCCAGCCACUUGGUGAUAACAUGGUUCGGCAGCGCUGGGAUGAAAGCAGCCUGAAACAACCUGCCACAGAGUUCCCAACAGAGACCCUGAGGGAGCAUGCAGUUGAGCAUCUUUGGGGGGUCAACGCCAAUCUUCGACGGUAUUGUGAAUUGUUCAUGGGACCACGGCAUUUUGAUUAUCUGGUUCAUCUUGAUACCGAUGAGCUGGGUAAUGUCUACCAAUGGCGGAUUCAGCAAGAACAUGCUCUCCGUGCGAGGAGGAAUGAUGGCAUGACGGAUGAAGAGAUCGUUCGCUUUGUUAAAGGGUAUAUGCCUGCGUAUGAGCUAUAUCUCGAUCAAAUGCGGCAGGGCUUUUUCCACGAUGCAGUUGGUGCUAAUGGCAAGGGGCAGCUGCGUGUUAUUUUGAAUCGAGAGAGGAAGAUAGUUAAUACGGUUGUCUAUCGGUGA